ACAUUUUCAAACUUUAAAACAGGUCAAUUUUGACCUGCAGGACAACAUGAGGGUUAAUUGAUUUGUUUUAAAACCUUAAAUGCUUUAAUUAAUGUUUUUUUUAUUGUCAUUUCAUUUUUUAAUCAUUAUCUGCAUCCAAGUUGCUUAUAUGUGCUCCUGGAUCUUUAAUUUCUUACUCCAAACCUCAGUAUUUUCUGAGUUCAAAUACAGAAUGUAUGAAAGAAAGCAAAGCAGCAUGACAACAGUGCAUUCUGAAAGAGAUUUCACUUGACCACCAAACUGAAAUGUCCUUCGCUAGUUCUAGUUCUGUGCUUUUAAUGUGUGUUUUUAUUAUAAUAUGGCUUAUUUAGUUUUUUUUUAAAAAUUAGCGGGUUUUACUUCUGGUUGUUCACCCAGUUCAGGCAUUUUUAUGACAAAAAGCAUUAAAACCAUUGAGUAUUACAACAACACCUCCCAUUUUCCAGCUGUUUAGGUCAUUCAUUUCAAACAGGGAAACCAUAUUUCAUUACUACAUGUCCAAACAAGUAAAAACUGCCUUUUUCUGUUUGCUGGUAAUUCUUUCAGGUUGUCUGGAUUCAGCCUGCUCCCUGGAGCUUCAGUGCAGCAAACAUCUGAAGCAGAACCCAGAGUCCAGAUCAUCAAGGACACAGUAUUUCUAUUUUGGCAGCCAGUUAGUGAGAAGGGAAGGUGGGAGGAUGCGACUCUUUAUCCUCUGGACCUUCACCCAUAUAAAACAAGCGAGUGAGAAGGUCUGACCACACAGCAAGCAGACGGAGACAGAAGCAUGUUGGCAGCGGAUGUCGUCUUCAGCGGAGCCUUGAUGCUCUGCUGGACCAGAAUCUUGGUGGCUCUGCAGGUCUCAGAUGGACAGCAGCUGAUCCCGGACCGAGACUCCACACUGACAGAGCACACCUUCCCAUCAGUCUCUCCGUGCUUCGUGGACGACAUAUUCGCAGCGCUGCGUGAAGAUUCAGGAACCGACGGUGAACUCACAAACAGCACUUUGACUUUGUUUGGAAUCUGCUCGGUGUCUGAUAAUUCAUCAGGCUCCGUCUUAGCAGAACUCGCCCAGGAAAUAAGAAGAAACCAGAGAAACCAACUGAAGGUUUUGUAUCCAACUGCAGCGCUUGUUUCAGAAGACGAGGAGCGAGGAAGUCUGCUGUUGGCUUUUGACCUCCCACAAUCUCCUUUACUGACGCUGAAGCCGGUGCUGCUUUUGGCAUUUGAAAGUCCGGUUGCAGGAGAAGAUCUGGACGUCACUUUUACCAGUCAGUCUCUGCAGCCGAGUACACAGUCUGUAUGCAUUUCCAGAGAAACACAGUACCUACUACUAACAGGAAGAUCAUCAGAAGGCAACGUUCCCCAGAAAUGGAGGGUCUCUGCUCGGACAAAAUCCCCCGACAUGAAGCAAAACCUAAAAGACAUCCUCAUUGGUGGAAAAUCAGGAAAUAACAUCAGCAUGAUUCCGCUUCUGCUUUUCUCCGGGGAAACAGGAACCAACACCAGCCACGCUCCUGUUUCAGGUUCCUCGCAGACCUCCUUCCUCUGCGAGCUGAAGCGUUUCCUGGGUGCCGUCCUGCCUCGGCAGCACCCCGAGGCUCCGCUGCUCCAGCUGGACUCGUUGAAGUCGCUGCCUCCCCUGAAGCUCGCCUUGACCUCCAGCGAGACCCUGCUGGCAGGAACGAUCAGGUCCUCGGCUCCCACCAUCCUCUCCUUCGCUAAGCGGGGCUCGGUGUUUCCAGACAAACAUGGAGAGCUGGCCUUGUCUCCUGCUCUGCUGGAGGAGCUCAGGAGGAGGCUGGAGCACACUGUGGCUCGGAUAUCGGAGAUACUAAGGGAGGAGAAGGUAGCUAAUAGAGCCGUGGAGAGGCUGGAGAGGCUCCGAGAAGUCAGUGUGAUUCAGUGGAAGGAAGCUGCAUCAGGAGAGACUCAGUUCAGAGCACUUCUCCUGCUGAAGGCCCUCCAUUCGGUGACUUUUUCAUACGACAUGCAGAGGCGACUGAGAGCCACCAGAAAGGGCCGAAAUAACCCAGCGGGGGUCAACGUCUGCGGGCUGAGGAGCCUCACCGUGUCCCUGGAAAGGCACCUGGUCGGUCCACACACUGCCAACAUCAACAACUGCUACGGAUCCUGUGCUUUCCCCCUGACCAACGCCAACAACCACGUCGUCCUGCUCAACUCCCACAUCGAGAGCAGCAGCAGCGUGGACGAACGGGCGCCAUGCUGCGUUCCUGUGGCCUACGAAGCUCUGGAGGUCAUGGACUGGAACGAACAGGGGACCUACCUCUCCAUUAAACAAGAUAUAAUAGCCAAGGAGUGUGGAUGUCGCUGAGACAGUAUAUAGUAUAUAGACAGUAUAUAUAUAUAUAUAUAUAUAU